AUGUUCCUUACGCAUCACCGAAUCUUCGAUCCAUCGUCGCCACACGCCAACGAACGAGGCUAUCGUGAGCCCACAAUUAGUGAGGUUGCAAGGCACUUCAAGAUCCCACGGACUACAAUAUCCAGCUGGGCUUCCAACCCACGCUUUAUUGAGGAGGCCAAAAAGAGGGUAUAUCACCCUCGCUGGCCAGAGCUCGAGGAGGAGCUUGUCAAGCGGUUCAUCGCUGCCCGGGCUAAUAAAUCCAUCGUCACAGUCUCUUGGUUCAAAAGACAAGCUAGAAGUAUCUUCAAGAGCCUUAACCCAGCGGUAGACAAUAUCUUUACUUUCUCAAACGGCUGGUGGGGACUCUUUCGACGAAGGCACGCGCCCGAAGAAUACAUCGAGAUCGUCAACAGCUUCCUCCGCUACAUACGACGCGUCAGCCGCCGGCACAAGCCUCAAGUCGCCCUUGACGCUAUUCUCAACUCGCCUACACGCCGCUUUGGGAAGCACCGUAUCCUUAACCUCGAUGAAACGCCUAUCCCAUUUGAAUACCUCGACGGCUAUACAUAUGAGCAGCGUGGGGCACGUACUAUCGAUGGCAAGAGCGAUCGUAGUGGGUGGAAUAAGAGGCAGGCUACAUUAAUCCUGUAUAUCUUUGCAGACGGCAUCCAGAGGUUGAAGCCGAAGCUACGUCAGCACAAGGUUGUGACCGCGUUGAUCCCGCCGGGCUGCACGAGCCUUCUUCAGCCUCUCGAUACAGCUAUCAACAGACCUCUUAAAGACUGGCUUCGCGAUGCUACUGACGAGUACGUCUCCGAGCGUGAGGCUCGCGGUCUCACGAUGUGGUCUAUACGAGAAAAACGCAUCAUGACAACCUUCGUGGUCGCCAGCGCCGUCCGCACCCUCGAGAGCCGGGCCGAGCUCGUACAGAAGGCGUUUCUCAACUGCGGCAUCAGCAUCAGGCCCGACGGCACGCAGGAUAUAGAAAUCCGCGUCAAAGACAUCCCUGCCGCCGCGAUCGAUUUUACAAACUGGGAGCAGGCUCGAGACGUCAUCGUCAAAGACGAAGAAGGCGUCUCGGGCCUGCUUGACGAGGAGGAAAUUGUCAAACAAGGCGACGAGGCAGAAGACCGAAUAGAUCGUGAGACUGGGUUGCUUGUGCUUCGUUGCCUAGAGCUCAAGGCAUUGCUACGGGCUCGAGGGCUCUCAACAAUAGGGAAAAAGGCAGUCUUAAUUGCCCGACUUCUCGAUGCUGAUUCUAUAAUUUAG